CACUCCGGGCCCCAAAUACAAAACGCUCGAGUCCGUAACCCUAAACCCCCAAAACCCUCCUCGCCUCCUCCGUCCAUCCAUCCAAAUCCUCGGGGGCCGCGCGCGCGGAGAGAGACAAGAUUCCCACGGCUAUGGCGGCGGUGGCUAGGGUUUUCCGCGUGUCCCGAGUCCUCAUGUCCCCGGCGCCGGGCGCGGCGGCGGCGGCGGGGGCGAAGAAGGCGGCGGCGCCACAGGUGACCAGGGCGGACGCGACGGCGGCGAAGGAGAAGCGCGGGAUCAUGAAGCCGGUGCCGGUCUCCGAGGAGCUGCGCAGGUUCGCCGGCGGCAAGCCCGAGAUCGCCCGCGCCCAGGCCGUCAAGCUCAUCUGGGACCAUAUCAAGACCAACGGCCUCCAGAACCCGGCGAAAAGAACAGAGAUCAACUGUGACGCCACACUCAAAAGCUUGUUUGGUGGGAGGGACAAGGUUGGGAUGAUGGAGAUCGCGAAGCUACUGAACCCUCACUUCCCGAAGAACUAACAAAAGCAUCAGAUGGAGCCAGCGAUAGUGCUUUCGUCUAAGACUUUAUGGGAUGGCCUCUUUUGUGAUCCAUGUUAAGUCCAGCUCCCACUAGGUAGUUAAGCCAAAGUUGUGUGAUGGCGUCAAGACUUCAGACUUUGUGUUCAGCAGUUGGGUUUGGGGUGUGAUGCAUGUAAAAAGGAUUCCCAGUGUUAUCGCUGCUCUUGUGAUCCUGCGGGGGCACCUGCGUGCACAUUGAUGUGGGAAAUGUUAGUCUGCUAAUGGCACCUCAUAGUUGCAUGUUUAUGCCUGUCUUGUUGCACUGAAAUGAUCUGUCAUCGAGCAUUAUGGUCACAUGCGCACCAUUCCAUGGGAA